AUGGAGAUUCUUAACAAUAUUAUGUCUAGGGCGGUUUCGGAGGGCUUAUUCGAAGGCCUCCAACUUCCGAACGGGGGGCCCUUGCUUUCUCAUCUUUUAUACGCCGACGACGCCAUUUUUGUAGGAACGUGGAGUAGAGCGAACUUGUUGUCUCUAAAUAGAAUUUUACGGAUUUUCUCUCUGUUAACGAUCCUUAAGGUAAACUUGGGUAAAAGUCGGGUGUUUGGUAUCGGGGCAUGCGACUUUGAAGUGCGGGAUUUUGCUUCUAUUUUGAAUUGUCAUCGCGGAUCCUUUCCUUUUAUUUAUCUUGGUAUUCCGGUUGGUGUUAAUAUAAGGUGGGUGGUAAACUGGAAGCCGGUUAUAGAUAAGUUCAAUUCUAAAUUAUCCACUUGGAAAGCAAAAGUUCUUUAUCUCGCGAGAAGAAUCACAUUGACAAAGGCGGUUCAUGGAAGUGACUUGGAAAAAGACUUUUUAAAAUACGGGUUCAAUAUACACAGUCUUCUUCAUUGUGAAAUUGCUUAUGGAGAUUUUGCGUGUUUUUUGUUAGAUAAUUGGACAGGCGUAGGUCUGCUCUAUGACCUCUUCCCGUCCAUUUUCUACUUGGCUGGCCAAAAAAAGAUUAAGGUGCAAGAUUGUUACGAGCUAGUGGGAUCGACUUUGCUGUGGAGAUGGGGCUGGAAGAGGGAUCCUAGUUCAGCCCAAGAAUGGGCCGAAUGUUCCCUUCUUAUGGCCCUUCUUUCUCAGCAAAAAGUGAAGGCUGGUUUGGACACAUGGGGAUGGAAAGGUUGUUCGGUUUAUGCCUUUAAAGUCAAAUCAGUAAGAAGGGAGCUUUGUGAGGCGAAAGGUAACACUUUCCAGAAUUUUGACUUCAUUUGGAACUCUUGGGUGCCUCCUAAAGUGAACAUUUUGGUUUGGAGGGCGAUAAUUAGAAGACUAGCGACUAAAAAAGCGUUGUCCAGAAGAGGCUUGCAAGUCAGGAAAACUCUUUGUUCGAUGUGUCAUGUAGUCGAGGAAGAUGUCGCCAUGUUUUCGUUUCAUGCCCAAGCGCUAGAGAAGUGUGGGUGCAGAUUUUGA